AUGUUACAGCCAAACUGCUUUGUCAGGGCGGCCCUCAGCCUCCCGGCCCGGAGGCCAGUCCCCGCCGACCUCAUCCCUGGGGACGACUUGUGUCCCGACCCGGGAGAAAGGCCUGGGGCCCCUGAUCUGGAACAUUCCUCCUCCUCCUCCUCCUCCUCCUCUUCCUCCCUCACAAGCAUGGAGCCCUCACUCUCCUCGGAAGAAACCAUCAAGCGCUUGGAGGUGCGCAGCCUCACCCUGGCGGCCUCCACUGAGAUCGAGCGCUUGGAGGCCGCCGCCUCCUCCGCGCCGCCCGAGGCGCUGGCGCACGUGCAGCAGAAGAUCCUGCGGCUGACGGAGCAGCUGCGCGUGGCGCAGGCGGCGCGCGACGCGGACGUGGCCGAGUACCUGCGGCUGGCGGGCGGCGCGGAGCGGCAGCAGGCGGCGCGCGUCAAGCAGGCCUUCGAGAAGAAGAACCAGCGCUCGGCGCAGGGCAUCGCGCGCCUGCAGCGCAAGCUCGAGCGCUGCCGCCGGCGCCUGCGCGAGGCCCAGGGCCACCAGCCUCCGCACCCGGCCUCCUCCCAGCCUCCGGGGCACCCUCCGGCCUCCUCCUCCUGCUGCUCCUCCUCCUCCUCCGCCGCGCCCGACAUGCACAACCCCGGCUGGGACGCGCUGGCGCCCGAGGUGCGCGAGAUCCGGGAGGCGCAGGCGAGGCUGGACGAGGCGUUCGAGGCCCUCAAGGAGCAGUACCAGCGGGACUACGCGCUCGUGAUGCAGACGCUGCAGGAGGAGCGCUACAGGUGCGAGCGGCUGGAGGAGCAGCUCAACGACCUCACGGAGCUGCACCAGAACGAGAUCCUCAACCUGAAGCAGGAGCUGGCCAGCAUGGAGGAGAAGAUCGCCUACCAGUCCUACGAGCGACACCAGGAGAGCCGCCCGCAGAGCCCCCUAACACUGCGCCGGCCGGCCCGCAGGUGCGAGCGGCUGGAGGAGCAGCUCAACGACCUCACGGAGCUGCACCAGAACGAGAUCCUCAACCUGAAGCAGGAGCUGGCCAGCAUGGAGGAGAAGAUCGCCUACCAGUCCUACGAGCGAGCCCGCGACAUCCAGGAGGCGCUGGAGGCCUGCCAGACGCGCAUCUCCAAGAUGGAGCUGCAGCAGCAGCAGCAGCAGGUGGUGCAGCUGGAGGGGCUGGAGAGCGCCACGGCGCGCAACCUGCUGGGCAAGCUCAUCAACAUCCUGCUGGCCGUCAUGGCCGUGCUGCUGGUGUUCGUGUCCACCGUGGCCAACUGCGUGGUCCCGCUCAUGAAGACCCGCAGCCGGACGUGCAGCACGCUGGCCCUCGUGCUCCUCCUGGCCCUGCUCUGGAAGCACUGGGACGCGCUCUCGGGCCACGUGGAGCGCUUCUUCUCGUCCCCGAGGUGACGGCCGCCGCGGGGGCGCCCCAAGCGCGACUCUUGUUUUUGCUUCUCCGGCGGCCCGGCG